AUGAUGAGGGGACACUACUUAUUGACUAGGCAAACGACUCAUCUUCAACAGUCUUUGUCCAUCCAUCCACCAUCCAAGUUCAUUAUAAUAAUUUUUUUUUUUAAUUACAAUUUUUAUUUAUUUCAAUACAAUAUUAAUUUUUAAUUUUUUCAUAUACAUUUGAUUGAAAAUAAAAUAAAUAAAAUGUGGUGGUCAUUUUUGCUUCUACUUGGAAUAAACUCAGUAACAAGUGAAAUAAAACGUAACAAUUAUUAUUUAAACAUUGACAAUAAUAAUAAAUUGAUCGAUAUAAAAUCCAAUGAAUCAUUUGAUCAUAUUGAUCUAUCAGGUUUAAAUAUAAAAGCCAUUUCAAGAUCAGUAUUUGAUAAUUUUCAAAAUACAAAAUCAAUUGAUUUAAGCAACAAUUCAUUUGCAAAGCUUCCAGAAUUUAUAUUUACAAAUUUAACAAAACUAGAAACAUUAAAAUUAUCCAACAAUAAUUUCGACAAGUUUGAGAAUACCUUUGUUGGUCUUGAUAAUUUAAAAACCCUUGAUAUAUCUCAUAAUCCUCUAUUACAUUUACGAAGAAGUUAUUUUUUUGGUUUAACAAAAAACACAAAUAUAAUUACAGAAGGAAAUAAUUUUUACACACUGUCAACUGAUUUAUUCGAAAAUCCAUUUUUACGUGAUACAAUUGAUUCAUCAGAAAUAACAAACGAUGAUGAUAUCAAUGAUGCAAUUAAAGCUGACGAAAGAUAUAACUCUUACUCUGAAAUAACAAGUGACGAGUCUCUCGAUUCAUCAAUAAAUCCAUCAUUAAAAAUUAAAGUUUGUAAAAAUAUCAAAAAUAUAUUAACAUCAGUUGAAGAAUUAUUCAAUAACGAAUCAUUACCAGAUAAUUGUGUGCUUGGAAAAAUAAAUCACAACAGUAAAGAGCUCGAUCUUGAAAAUUUAAAAUUACACAAAUUUACAAAAAACUGGUAUAAACUUGGUAAUUACCCAUUCAGCCAAAUAAGUUUUGCAUCAAAUGACAUUACUGAAUUAACACCUGAAUUAUUAAAUGACUUGCCAUCAUCAAUUAAAACCAUAAGCUUAAUAUACAACAAGAUAACUAAAAUAAAUAAUUCCACAAUUGAAAAUAAUCAUAUAAAAAAAAUCUUGUUAGGUUUUAAUGAACUCCAUGAAAUUCAAGAAAAUGCAUUUUUAAAUACGAAAUUAAUUGAAUUAUUUAUUAGUGAUAAUAAGCUUGAUAAUUUGGGUUUUGUUAAAACACUACCUUCAUCAAUUGUUUCGCUAAAUUUAGGCAAUAAUUUAUUUAAAAAUAUACCAGAUAAUAUUUUUAGUAAUUUGGGGAAGCUUAUGUUUUUGCCACUUUAUAAUAAUCAAUUGAUUAACAUAAAUGAAAAGGCAUUUGAAGGUCUUACAUCAUUACUGGAUUUACUAUUGGAUAAUAAUAAAAUAGAAAAAAUAGAGCCAAAUGCAUUUUCGUCAUUGAAAAGCAUUAAAUCAAUUAAUUUGCAUAAUAAUAAAAUUGAAAUAUUAAAUGAUGGAUUGUUCAAAGAUUUAAAUCCAAUUGAUAUUAAUUUAAGUAGAAAUAAAAUUAAAAAUAUAACAAAAUAUACUUUUGAUGGUUUAUCAUCAUCUUCAUUGAGAGAUCUUUAUCUAAAUUCAAAUGAGAUUGAGAAUAUUGAAGCUGAAAGUUUUGUUAAAGUACCAAGACGUAUUUUAGAUUUGGGUAAUAAUAAAAUUAAAAAAAUAAUACCUGGUGUAUUUAAUCUUCGUUAUCUUAAAGAGCUACAUUUGGAGAAUAAUUUAUUAACAACAAUUGAUGGUGAUUCUUAUAUUGGACUACCGAAAUUACGGCAUUUGUAUUUAUCAUCAAAUAAAAUUGGUAAUAUCAAAAAAGGAUCGAUGAAAUAUUUGAGAAGUAUAUUUACAAUUAGUCUGGCUUCAAAUCCAAUUGGGCAAUUUAAUAAUGGCGAUUUGUAUGGUCUUCCUAAGACAAAAGGACAUUAUUUAGAUAUUCAUGGUACAUCAGUAAAAUGCAUUCAGGGUGGUCUCUUUGAUGAUGCCUGAUUUUAUCCCAGGCAUUUUUAAACUUUACGAUCACGCUUCAGCAAUUUAACAGACCAGUUGUUAUUUCAUGUUGAUCAUUGUUAUUUUCAUAAUAACAAAUAAAAAUAUAUAAACAAAAUUUUAAAAAAUAUUAAAUAAAUAUUAUUACUAUAUUUUUCACAUAUUUACAAUAUGAUUUUUUUACUAUUUUUUUGUAAUUUUAAUUUAAACAGUGAAAGUAGAAAGUAAUUAUAAAGCUAAAAAAAAAAUUAAUUAUAAUUUUAAUAAUUUAAUAAUAAUUAAAAUUAAAUAUAAUGUUUUUUUUUUUUAUUAUAAUUUUAUUAUUGAUUUUAUUUGAAUUUUUCAAUUUUAUGUAAAAAAAAAAAUUUCUUUUUUGUUUUAAUAAUAAAUGUGCUAUUAUUUAUUUAAAGUAAGUAUAUUUUACGUGUUGAAUGCCUUUGUCUUUUUAUUUCCUUUACCACGAAAUUAAAAAUUAAAGAAAAAAAAAAAAAAAUUUUUUUUCACACAAGUAAAUGAUAGAACGUAUUUCCUGAAUCUUUGAAGGAAGGAAACACAUGAUCCAGUAAUUUUGUGUGGCAUUGACACGAUACAAUAUUUUAUUAUUUUUUUAUAUUUUUAUGUUAAGUCUUUUAACUAUAAUGGUAUCCCUUUUUAUUAUUUUUAAAAUUAAUAUGCGUGCUGGGAGAGCAACAGCAACAUUCAACAACAGCAGCAACAACGAUGUGUAAUAAUGACGAGGCUUGAAAAUAAUCCUCCACAUAGUUAUACGUAUAAUCUAUCCUAUAUCAUUAAUUAUAAUACUCUUCAAAUUAUAAUACAACAUUUACAUAUAUUACAUAAAAGACUCAUAUAUCCACGUUAAAGAAAAAAAUUAAAUUAAAUUUAUAGUUAUGCUAAAUUAAAUAAUAAUCAAUUACAUGAAUUAAUGUGGCUGAGUAUUUUCGUAUAUACAAGGACUAUGCAUAUUUUAUUGAAGAAUUAUUAUUUUUUUUUUUUUCAUUUAUUUAUAUUUUAGAUUGUUGGGAGGAGAUGUCUUCUUAUAUGUACAGCAUGAUGCCUUUCAAAUAACUUGUUAUUACUUAUACGUUUGAUAUUUUUUUUUUUAAAUUUAAAUCCGGUUUUUGCAUGUUGUGGGUGGAAGAGACGC